GGUAUAUGUAGUAGAUGAAGUCAAAGUCAGGUGUAGUUAACAAUGGCUCUUCCACGGGUGUGCUGUUUCUCCGUGAUCAUCAUUGUCUUAUGCAAAGACGGACAUUCUCAGCAGCCUGAGUGCGGCAGGGCUGUGAAAAACAGCAGAAUUGUGGGAGGUGAAAAUGCAUCCCCAGGAAGUUGGCCAUGGCAGGUAACUUUAUUCAUUGAUGAAAGUUUGUGUGGAGGAUCCCUGAUCACCGACCAGUGGGUACUGACAGCUGCUCACUGCAUUACACCUUCUGAUCGCAACAGCACAAUAGUGUAUCUAGGCCACAACUAUCUUUUCGAUCCAGACCCGAAUAAAGUGACUCAGACGUUGGAAGAUAUCAUUUGCCAUCCUGAGUACGACGCCUCGACAAACGACAAUGACAUUUGUCUCGUAAAGCUGUCUACUCCUGUGAAAUUCACAGACUACAUUCAGCCGAUCUGCCUAGCAUCUGAAAACAGCACUUUCUACAAUGGGACCAGCAGCUGGGUCACUGGCUUUGGAGAUACAACUGGUAGCGAAUCCUUCCCAGAGACUCUGCAGGAGGUGAAUGUCCCUAUAGUGGGAAACAACGAGUGCAAAUGCUACUAUCAAGACAUCACUGAGAUUACAGAGAACAUGAUCUGUGCUGGGCUGAAAGAGGGAGGGAAGGAUUCAUGUCAGGGAGACUCGGGAGGACCACUUGUGACAAAGAAAGACUUAGUCUGGGUCCAGAGUGGAGUUGUGAGUUUUGGUGAAGGCUGCGCCCUGCCUAAUAGACCUGGAGUCUACGCUCGUGUGUCCAAGUACCAGAAGUGGAUCAGCAACACCGUCAGUGGGACACCACCAGGCUUUGUAACCUACACCUCUCUGGGCCCUGACAGUGAUUUAGACUUCAUCUGCCCAGCAUCAGCUAUUCCUACAACUUUCCCCACAGAUGACUCUCCUUUCACUUUUCCUCCCUCUACCACCUUAUGUGAGGAUUUGUUUUGCAGUGUUAAAAUCUUGAUCCACUUCACUCACUUCACUUCAUUCUGUGUUCUUGUUGUGUUGCUCCAUGUGCUUGUUUGAAGUGGAGGAAUUUAACUCCAAAUCUUAACUGGAAAUUUAACUUAGAGGAGCUUAGAGCUUGAGUUUGUAGUUACUUUACAAAUUAAGAGUUUUCACUAAUAUAUAUCAUGAUCUAAAGAAAUGAGAUGAAAUGUUAACAUGUCAUUCCAAUGAAACACUGGAUCUUGUCAAAUUGAAAUGGGUAUUUUUUUUGCUAUUUUAAAAUUAAUUUUUUGUUAAAUGCUGAGUAUAAUAAGCCAUAUAAAUAAUAAACAUUUAUUACAAUGUA